AUUGAAUUAGGGAAAACUCAUCGUCACGAUCUGAGCGACAGAGAGGCGAUAAACCAAAAGGGCGUACAACGGUGCAAGCGGAGAAAACUUUCCCUAGAAAGCUGAGUCGAUCUAGCUAGUGGACUCGGCUGUGGUGCAGAAGGAACAGAGGAGAUGGUGGAUCCAGCCAGUACGCCGCUUGGCAGAAUGAUGUUGGAGGAGAUCACUCCGGUGGUUAUGGUGCUCCAAACACCUCUCGUCGAAGAAUCGUGUCUCAAGAACAGCACCUCCUUUGUCCAGAUGCUUAGCCCUUUCUGCAACUUCUCCAACAUCGACGUGCCUGUACGGACAGCGAGUGAUCAACCCUACCGGCUCCACAAAUUCAAGUUAAGAUUGUUUUACGCCACCGACAUUAGGCAGUCUAACCUAGAGGUGGUGAAGGAGCAGUUGAAGAAGGUGAUAAGCCAGGCUGGGGAGAAAGAGCAAAUCAAACCAUCCUCGGAUCCCCCAAAUAUCAGUGAUUUACUCUCUAGCUCCGAAUCUGAAAUUGUACCAUCGUGGUUUCAGUUUAUAAAUAAAGAGCUCAUACGUACUGUGUCUUUUUCAGAGCAUGAGGCUUUUGACCAUCCAGUGGCAUGUCUUUUGGUUGUUUCUUCAAAGGAUGAGCAGCCUAUCAACAGAUUUGUUGACCUUUUCAACACUAACAUGCUGCCCUCUCUUCUUAACGAUGCUGCAAUGGACCCAAAGAUUUUGAAGUAUUAUUUGUUGGUGCAUGAUAAUCAAGAUGGCUCUUCAGAGAAGGCAGCUAAGAUUUUAGUGGAGAUGAGAAAUACUUUCGGUGCAAAUGCUUGUCGAUUGCUUUGCAUUAAUUCAUCUCAGGAUGGGAUGAUAGAACAUCAUGAUAACCCUUGGGCUCCUCAUAAAUCUGAUACUUCAUCUGUUCAGAAACUUGGUUGCUUCCUCAACAUUGAUGACUUUAAUGAGAUAAAGGACUUUGUGCAAGAAUUUUCAUCUAAACACGUUAUUCCAUACAUGGAGCAGAAAAUUCGUGUUAUCAAUCAGCAGGUUUCCGCCACAAGGAAAGGUUUUAGAAAUCAAAUUAAAAACUUAUGGUGGAGGAAAGGAAAAGAAGACAUUCAAGAUUCCCCCAAUGACGCUAUGUAUACCUUUAGUUCGAUUGAGUCACAGAUCAGAGUUUUGGGUGACUAUGCCUUCAUGUUACGGGAUUAUGAACUUGCAUUGUCAAACUACCGACUAAUUUCCACAGAUUACAAGCUUGAUAAAGCGUGGAAACACUAUGCUGGUGUACAGGAAAUGAUUGGCCUUACUUAUUUCAUGCUGGAUCAAUCAAGAAAAGAAGCAGAAUAUUGCAUGGAAAAUGCAUUUAAUACUUACUUAAAAAUUGGGCCAUCUGGUCUGCAAAAUGCUGUACGGUGUGGACUUUGGUGGGUGGAAAUGUUGAAGGCAAGAGAUCAGUAUAAAGAGGCUGCUACAGUAUACUUCCGCAUUUGUGGUGAGGAACCACUACAUUCUGCUCUUAUGCUUGAGCAAGCAUCUUAUUGCUACUUGCUUUCCAAACCACCAAUGUUGCACAAGUAUGGAUUUCAUCUUGUUCUUUCUGGUGAUCGUUACAAAAAAUGUGAUCAGAUUAAGCAUGCUAUACGUACCUACAGAGUUGCUAUUUCUGUUUAUAAGGGAACAACGUGGAGCUACAUCAAAGAUCAUGUUCAUUUUCACAUUGGACAAUGGUAUGCUUUUCUCGAGAUGUAUGAUGUGGCUGUCACACACAUGCUGGACAUCCUGGCUUGUGGUCAUCAGUCAAAGACAACACAGGAAUUGUUUCUGAAGGAAUUUUUUCGUAUUGUUCAGAAAACUGGAAAAACUUUCGAGGUAUCGAAGCUUCAGUUGCCUGCAAUCAACGUAUCAUCUUUAAAUGUUAUUUUUGAAGAUCAUCGGACUUAUGCAUCUCCUCCAGCUGUUAGUGUUAGAGAAAAUCUGUGGCAUGCAUUAGAGGAGGACAUGAUUCCAUCUCUCCCAACUGCAAGGACUAAUUGGCUGGAGCUACAGUCAAAGCUUCUCCCAAGGAAAUAUAAAGAGUCAAAUGUUUCUGUGGCAGGAGAACCAAUAAAGGUUGGUGUUGAAUUUAGAAACCCCCUACAAAUAUCUAUUUCUAUCUCCAGUGUUUCUUUAGCGUGUGAGCUCGGUGCAAUAUCUGAUGAAACCAAUCCUGGUGUAAACAGCUCUGGCACUGAACUUCAGAAUGACGAGAGAAGUAUGUCUAGUGGGGAUUUGAGGUUGGGAAAUUCUUCAUUUACAUUGUCUGAGGCUGAUAUCACAAUAGGAGGGGGUGAAACUGUUUUGGUUGAACUGACAGUUACGCCCACAGUAGAAGGCAUUUUAAAAAUUGUUGGUGUAAGAUGGAAACUGUCAGGUUCUGUACUUGGUUUUUACAGUUUCGAGUCUAACACAGUGAAUAAAAAAGUCACUAGAGGGAGAAGGAAAAGCAAGCAGCAUCCCAGCAAUGACCUGAAGUUUGUAGUGGUCAAGAGUGUACCCAGACUUGAGGGUUCCAUUCAUCCACUUGUAGAGAAGGCAUAUGCAGGAGAUAUACGACAUCUUGUUUUGGAGUUGAGAAAUGGAUCAGAAUUUUCUGUGAAGAACCUGAAGAUGAAAAUCAGUCAUCCUAGAUUCCUUUGUGUCGGGUCUCAAGAAGAUUUGAGUGUACAAUUUCCUGCUUGCUUAGAAGAGAGCGCAGAUGUUGAACAAAGUGCAGUACAUGCUAGACCUAACAAAAUGUCGAAUAAUACUUUAAUUUCAUUUCCAGAGGAGAUUUUCGUACAAGGGGAAAAACCCUUUUUGUGGCCUCUCUGGCUUCGGGCUGCUACUCCUGGAAAUAUUUCCUUGUACAUAUCAAUUUAUUAUGAGAUUGGAGAUGUAACGAGUGCCAUGAGAUACCGCACUCUGCGCAUGCAAUACAAUUUGCAGGUUUUUCCAUCAUUGGAUGUGUCAUUUAAAAUUACUCCUUGUCCAUCAAAACUGGAGCAGUUUCUUGUGUGCAUGGAUGUUGUGAAUAGGACCAGUUCGAAGAAUUUCCAGGUUCAUCAGUUAUCAGCUGUUGGACAACAUUGGGAAAUUUCAUUGCUUCAACCCAUGGAUGCUAUCUUUCCAUCACAAUCUUUAAAUGGGGGCGAAGCUUGUUCUUGCUUCUUUAUACUCAAGAGUCGUUGCAAAUCAGUGUCCACUGAAGACAAAGCCUCUCCCUCUCUUCUUGGAACUAAUGUGAGAUUGGGUCCUCCUGGAGACCGUGGCGUUCUGUUUGAUAUAUCUAGGUCGCCUUUGGCUCAUUUCCACAACCAUGAAAAGUUACAGCAGGGAGUAUUUCAUCAGGAAGAUACAAACAUGGUAGACUUUAUUUUGAUAUCUCGACUGCAAGAGGAUGAUAUUGGUUUUGGGUCUUCUGAGGAAUCUCGGUUUUUUUCUUACCAUGGAUGUCAUUGCAGUACUGCAAGCAUGAGUCCGAUAUCAUGGGUGCUGGAUGGGCCUCAGACCAUACACCAUAACUUCUCUUCAUCUUGUGAAAUAAAGUUGAGGAUGAGCAUUCACAACUCGUCAGACGCUGUCGCAUAUGUAUGCAUUAAGACCUAUGACUCUCCCGGCAGUAGUGCUCAGUUCUCUGAUGCGAACGCUGCUGGAAAUCAUACAGGGUGGCAUGAUGUAUCUCUAGCAAAUGACGUCAAAGUUGGAUCUGAUGUUACUGGAACCAGUAUAGGGAAGUCGUUGUCAUUAGAAAGUGUCUCUCCAUUCAUAUGGUCAGGAUCGAGCUCCACUAGUAUCGAAGUCAAGCCUGUCUCAUCAGUUGAAAUUCCUCUUCAGAUUUGUGUAUUCUCUCCUGGGACAUAUGACUUAUCAAGCUAUGUUUUGAAAUGGAAUCUUCUACCUUCAAUUAACCAGGAAAAUCAAAGGGAUGUGAAACAAUCAUCAGGGACUUGCCAGGGGUAUCCAUAUUAUCUUACUGUUCUUCAAUCUGCUUGAGAUUUGGUAUGUGCUUUUUUGGUUUCAUUACCCUGAUUUCUAGUUGCAGUCAUUCUUGUAACUUUUGCUUGUAAAUUAUUGUUCUUCAAUCUAUUUUUUUCCCACAUUAGAAAAUGUGAGAAGUUCAGGAGCUGAUAGAUGCUGCUAAUUCAAUUUUGACCUUCAAAUAAUUAGUAAUGAAAAAUGAAUGUAAUAGAAUUGAUUUACAGUUCCUUCCUUCUUUGUCACGCCUAUUUGCUGGUCCUGAAAGUAAGGGGAGGUUACUUCUAAUUCCCAGGUUGUCUUGGAGUUUGUACCGAAAGAUUUGUAUGAGGUCAUUACAUUUGAUGGCUGUGUUGAUUUGAGCCUAGAGCGGAUUUUUUUCCCUUCACUUUUUGGUUCAGCUAUGGAAGUUUUUUCAUAGUUUUCGAAGUCUUUAUGUUAUGAUUUAACUCCCUUUCUAUAUACAUUUUAAUUGAUAUUUACCUUUAUCUUAUGCAA